AUGGAUGUAUCUUCAUCAACACGAAAAGCCUCAACGUCAGGUAUAAUCACAAAUUCAAAUAAGCCAACAACAGCAACACUAUCGAAUGCACCGCGUAGUAUAAUCGUUCGAAAGUCGAGUAAUGGUUUUGGCUUUAAUGUUCGUGGCCAAGUUUUUGAAGGUGGACAAGUUAAAGCUAUACAUGGAACACUUUACGGACCACUGCAACAUGUAUCAGCUGUAUCGAGUCGAGGAUCAGCUGAAAAAGCAGGUCUUUGCGUUGGAGAUAAAAUUCUUGAAGUAAAUGGCGUCGAUGUGGAAGGUGCUUCACAUAAACAAGUUGUAGAUUUAAUUAAACAUAGUAAUGAUGAACUUCACCUUGUUGUUAUCGCAUCGGUUGGUGAUGAAAGUCAUAGUGAUAUACAUUCUGGAGAAGAAUCAAGUGGCAGUUCAAAUGAUUAUUCAGAACGACGUUCACUAGCGAUAACAAUACCAGAUUAUAGUUUACUAGAAGUCAACGAUGAAAAAUUCUAUGUGUUCAAUAUUCAUAUUGCUGGCCGUCAUUUAUGUUCACGACGCUAUCGAGAAUUUGAUUCAUUACAUCAGCAAUUGAAACAAGAAUUUCCAGAUUUCCCAUUUAACCCUUUACCUAAGAAGUGGCCUUUUAAAUUAUCUGAUCAACAAUUAGAUGGUCGUCGGCGUGGUCUUGAACAAUACCUUGAUAAAAUUUGUUCGGUUCGUAUUGUUGGUGAUUGCGAUCUUGUACAAGAAUUUUUAUCAGCUGAUGUUUAUGAACGUGAUUCAGUUUCAAUUGAUGUUGAAAUCAAAAUAAUGCUACCUGAUCGUUCAGUGACCAUUCUUAAAGUUAAACGUUUCUCUACGGCUGAUAAAGUUUAUGAAGCUGUCCUGGAAAAGAUUGGUUUGCCACAACAGUGUGCUCCGUAUUUUUAUCUUUUUGAAAUUCUUGAUUAUACAUUCGAACGCAAACUUCGUCCGAAUGAAUAUCCACAUCAAAUUUAUGUACAAAAUUGUUGCACAGCAAAUACAACAUGUCUAUGUUUACGUAAAUUUAUUUUUGCACCGGCAAUCGAAAAUCAAAUUUUACAAUAUCCAUUAGCACGAGAUUAUCUCUAUCGAGAAGCGAUCGAUCAACUAAGUUCUGCGGAAAAUGCUACGGCCGAUCAACGUUCAGCAUUAAAAACUUUUGAUGAAAUUGAAUAUAUAAAAUAUGCUCAAACAUUUACUGAAAUAUAUAAUACGAUCGCAUUUCCCUUAUGCCCAUGUAGUUCACGUAAAGAUAAUGGUUGUGUUGUAGUAUCAUUAAAUAGUACACGUAUUCGUCUACACGCUUGUUCUGAUGAUGGUCAAUUAGAAGCGAAUCAAAUAGCUGAUUUUGAAUGGACAACCAUUGGGCGUUAUUGUGUUGAUGAACAAUAUUUUAUAUUUGAAUAUAAACGUUCAACUAUGAAAGUUCCGAAACCAGUCAAACUACAAACACCAUUUGGACCAUUUAUGUAUGAUUGUUUUGAAUGUAUUUUACGUGAAUUACAAUUAUCAAAUAAUAAUCCUGACAAACAAGAUGAGCCCAAUAUCUAA